AUGACUGCACCACUCCCGACAACUGCACCACUCCCUAUGACUGUACCACUCCCAACAACUGCACCACUCCAGACCACUGCACCACUCCAAACAAGCACACCACUCCCUAUGACUGUACCACUCCCAACAACUGCACCACUCCAGACCACUGCACCACUCCAAACAAGCACACCACUCCCUAUGACUGUACCACUCCCAACAACUGCACCACUCCAGACCACUGCACCACUCCAAACAAGCACACCACUCCCUAUGACUGUACCACUCCCAACAACUGCACCACUCCAGACCACUGCACCACUCCAAACAAGCACACCACUCCCUAUGACUGUACCACUCCCAGCAACUGCNAGCACCACCCCAGACGACUGCACCACUUCUGAUGACAGCACCACUACCGAUUACAGCACCACUCCAAACGACAGCACCACUCCCGAUGACAGCACCACUCCCAACGACAGCGCCACUACAGAUGACAGCACCACUUCCGAUGACA